CCGAUUAGACAAAGAAUAUAAACUUUAAUAACUGGUUAUACUGUAUCCAGCUGACCAUUUAUUACUUCACUGCGCUUGCUUUCCGGUGCAGAGGGCAGUGAUUUCCUUAGUCCCGGCUUGAAGGUGAAGUAGCUUAAUAGUUAAAAAAAGAGAGGACUGUACAUUGAAUUGUCUCUUGCAAACUAAAAGUAAGAGUUGCCAGGGAAAACGACGCUUGGCGACACAGUCAUGUCUGGAAAUCCUGCUGUGGUCAUGCGCCUGGUGGCCUCUGCCUAUGCUGUGGCGGAGAAGGCCGGGGCCAUCGUGAGGAAGGUCCUUCACAGUGGAGAGCUUGGCAUUGUGGAGAAGACUGGAGCUAAUGAUCUGCAGACACUGGCAGACAGACUAGCACAGCAGAGCAUCUGUGCUUCUCUGUCCAAACGCUUCCCCAAACUUACCAUCAUUGGAGAGGAGGAGCUUCCAGCUGAGGAGGUAAAUGAAGAUCUCAUUGAGAACGGCCAGGCUGAGGAAAUCCUCCAGAAGACUUGUCCAGCAGAAUAUAGUGACCUGAAAGAGGAGGAGCUAGUUGUGUGGGUUGAUCCCCUCGAUGGCACAAAAGAAUACACUGAAGCCUCAAGAUGCCUCUAUCUCCCAGCUGAGGCCCAGACACCGCUCACAGGGUCAGACGCCUCUCUGCCCCUCUCAGCUCUCUGGCUCCUGGAUAAUGUGACUGUUCUCAUUGGUAUUGCAUACGGAGGCAGAGCUAUCGCUGGUGUCAUCAACCAGCCUUUCUACAAUUAUCAGCUUGGACCAGGGGCAAACCUAGGAAGAACUAUCUGGGGAAUGCCGGGGCUAGGAGCGUUCGGAUUUCAGCUGCAGGAAGUCCCUGAUGAAAGGCGUAUUAUCACCACCACACGCUCCCAUAGCAACAAAACAGUGAUGGACUGUGUAGACGCCAUGGAGCCUCAUGAGGUCAUACGAGUAGGUGGAGCUGGAAAUAAGAUUAUCCAGCUUAUUGAGGGGAAGGCUUCUGCUUAUGUCUUCGCUAGUCCCGGAUGCAAGAAAUGGGACACUUGUGCUCCUGAGGCCAUUCUGCACACUGUUGGAGGUAAACUGACUGAUAUGCAUGGCAAUGCAUACUGCUAUGAUGCUAAUGUCAAGCACAUGAACUCUGCUGGGGUGCUGGCUACGCUACGCAACCACCAGUACUACACCAGCAGAGUCCCACAGUCAGUGCUACAAGCCCUGAAGUGAGACUGAAGGCGUCGAUCUCAGUUGGACAUGGGAGACAGC